AGACGGGAAGCGACAGCGAUGAGAGAUGUGCGAAGGAGCAGGAUUGUCCUUCAACUCACUGGACACUGUCUAGCUGUAUUGAGAUCAGGUCAAGGUCGGUGCCUCGCAAGCUGACUGGCGUGCUUACCUCUCCUGCAGCGAUCCCACCGACAUCACCGACCACAUCCGUCGUUUAGCCGUAUGCAACGUGCACUUGGGUUGUGCAAUGGUGGUUGGUGGUGGCGAAGGAGAGAGAGCGACAUCGGGCGGGAAGGUCGCCCGAACAUCUAAUCUGAUAAAUCCCAUCAUCAGCCACCCCAUCCAUCCAAGCAAACUCGAGCAGAUUCAUCAUCUGGGGACCAGCAUAUUUCCUUCCUCUUCCAAAACCAAUAGUCAGCUGGACUGAUUCACUUCCAAAACAUGUCUGGACCAGCAUCUUCAGUGAUGCGGCAGGCUUCGCGUGCCUGCGCUCGCCGGUUUUCCAACAACACCAUCCUUUCUCCCUCACGUCCCGGAACUGCUUCCAUCGCCUCCUCGCGCUUCAGCGGCCGUCGCAGCUAUGUCUCCGAGUCCAAACCAGCCAAUGCUCAAGUUGCCGACGUCGAGUCUGCCAUCAAGGCGGACCAGAAGAAAUUCAUCCAGGAGAGUGGCAAUCUUCCUUCACAGGUCAAGAUGCCGGGGACCGGGAUCACCGCCGAUACAAUGCUAAGUCCCCAAGCUGGCAUUUUGAAGCAUGCCACCAUCAUGGAUCAGGGCACUCGCCCAAUCUAUCUAGAUGCGCAGGCCACGACUCCAGUUGACCCCCGAGUUCUCGAUGCAAUGCUGCCCUUCCUCACUGGCCUCUUUGGCAAUCCCCAUUCGAGAACGCAUGCAUAUGGCUGGGAGAGCGAGAAGGCUUCCGAGCAAGCAAGAGAACAUAUUGCCAAAUUGAUCGGCGCAGACCCCAAGGAAAUCAUAUUUACGAGCGGCGCCACCGAAAGUAACAAUAUGAGCAUUAAAGGUGUCGCCAGGUUUUUUGGCAGGUCGGGCAAGAAGAAGCACAUCAUCACAAGUCAGACAGAGCACAAGUGUGUUUUGGACAGCUGUCGACAUUUGCAGGACGAAGGCUUUGAGGUCACAUAUCUGCCAGUCGACGCAAGUGGCUUGAUCAAUCUACAACAGCUCGAGGAAGCAAUUAAACCAGAAACUGCGUUGGUCAGCAUCAUGACAGUCAACAACGAGAUCGGUGUCAUCCAGCCCAUGAAAGAGAUCGGACAGCUUUGCCGAUCGAAGAAAGUAUAUUUCCAUACCGACGGCGCGCAGGCGGUCGGCAAGAUUCCAAUCAGCGUCAACGACUGGAACGUCGACCUGAUGUCGAUCUCGAGCCAUAAAAUCUAUGGGCCCAAGGGUAUCGGCGCCUGUUAUGUUAGAAGGCGACCUCGCGUCAGGUUGGACCCCAUCAUCAGCGGUGGCGGUCAAGAGCGAGGUCUCCGCAGCGGCACGCUCGCACCUCACCUGGUGGUCGGGUUUGGAGAGGCUUGUCGUAUUGCCAAAGAGGAGAUGGAGUACGACUCUAAACGCAUCAAUUUUCUCUCCAAGCGACUUGUCGACGGGUUGCUUUCAAUGGAACACACAUCUUUGAAUGGAGACCCUACACGACGGUAUCCCGGAUGCGUAAAUGUUUCAUUUGCCUAUGUUGAAGGAGAGUCGCUCUUGAUGGCCCUCAAGGAUAUUGCUCUCUCCUCCGGGAGUGCUUGCACUUCAGCAUCUCUGGAGCCUAGCUAUGUCCUUCGAGCGCUGGGAAACAGCGACGAAAGUGCGCACAGCAGUAUCCGUUUUGGCAUCGGGCGUUUCACCACCACUAGCGAAAUCGACUAUGUUCUGAAAGCCGUCCGUGAGCGCGUCACCUUCUUGAGAGAGCUCAGCCCGCUCUGGGAACUGGUCCAAGAAGGAAUCGACUUGAACACCAUCGAAUGGAGUCAGCAUUGAUCGACUAAUGUUGAUGGUUGAUGAAUUUUGUACACUAUGGGCUUUCAUAGGACGACAGCAUGAGUCGAUCGCCCCUCCUCUUUCAUUGAGUGCCAGACCCUGCCUUUGCUGCAAUGUUCAUGGCACCCAGGGAGCCAGCUGGACGCAAAACGAUGCUUUUUUGAAGUUAUAAGUGGCUAAUUCUGGCGGGAUCUCUAUAUCCAUAGCCUCGAAUCAUAUUCUUGAUACCCCG